AGAACCGGAGGGGACGAGGCGGGCGCGCGCAGGGGCCCGGGAGCGCGCGCGGCGCCGGCAGCCUCGCUCAGCCGGGACACCGCCCUAGUCCCAGCCCAGGCGGCCGCUCUCGCCGGCGUCGAGGGCGUGGCGGCCAGGCUGCUGCUGCCUGCGGCUCCCGGCUCUGUCUUCGGCCCCGCCCGCCGCCCACCAGGUUCCCGGAGGCCCCGCAGCCCCGUCGGGCAGCCCGGGCCCGUCCGCUGCCCUCCCGGCUCCCGUCCUGCGGCGGCGGGGCGUGCAGGUGAGGCUCCACCGCGCCCGGCCUCUCCAGCAGUGGGUGCCUGAUAGACAUCCUGGGACUAUACAGACGGAAAAGGCCCACUUUGGGGGAUAAUGCUGAGGGACACGAUGAAAUCUUGGAAUGAUAGCCAGUCAGAUCUGUGUAGCACUGACCAAGAAGAGGAAGAAGAGAUGAUUUUUGGUGAAAAUGAAGAUGAUUUGGAUGAGAUGAUGGAUUUAAGUGAUCUGCCUACCUCACUUUUUGCUUGCAGCGUCCAUGAAGCAGUGUUUGAGGCACGAGAGCAGAAGGAAAGAUUUGAAGCACUCUUCACCAUCUAUGAUGACCAAGUUACUUUCCAGCUGUUUAAAAGCUUUAGAAGAGUCAGAAUAAAUUUCAGCAAACCUGAAGCGGCAGCAAGAGCGCGAAUAGAACUCCACGAAACAGACUUCAAUGGGCAGAAGCUAAAGCUAUAUUUUGCACAGGUGCAGAUGUCCAGUGAAGUGCGGGACAAGUCCUAUCUCCUGCCGCCCCAGCCUGUCAAGCAGUUCCUCAUCUCCCCUCCAGCCUCUCCCCCAGUUGGGUGGAAGCAGAGCGAAGAUGCAAUGCCUGUUAUAAAUUAUGAUUUACUCUGUGCUGUUUCCAAAUUGGGACCAGGAGAGAAAUACGAACUUCACGCGGGAACAGAGUCGACACCCAGCGUGGUGGUUCAUGUCUGUGAAAGUGAAACUGAAGAGGAAGAAGAAACAAAAAACCCCAAACAGAAAAUUGCCCAGACGAGGCGCCCCGACCCUCCGACGGCAGCAUUGAAUGAGCCCCACACCUUCGAUUGCACGCUGUGAGGUCCUUGGUUGUGGUGCGAGGCGCCUGCCCUGGUGGGCUCCGGCCAUGGUGAUCUGUGCCCGCGGCCGAUGCGUUGCUGCGAACAGCAUAGGUGAGACUCUGCAGAGUGAGGUAUAGGUCUUCUCACCACGCCUGUACUGCAGACACGGUCGUGUAGAGUAACAGCUGAUUUGACCUGUCCCAGAUUUUAAGUAAUAUUCCAAAAGGGACUUUACACUAAAGGAGAAGCCCCCAAGUUUUAAAUAGUAACAAAUUAGGAAAACAGCUUCCCUCCCCUCCAGCCACGUAAGUCCUCCUGAUUCCGUAUCACGUGAGACACCAAAAACUGGCACUAUAGUCACACCCAGUACAGUACCAUUUUUAUGAAUUUAAAAAUAGUCUUAUAAUUUUAAUUGUUUGUGGAUAUUUUUCUACUGGUAUAAACAGCUUCUAAUUAAUAAAUCGAUCAAAGGUUGUUACUCAGUAUACAUGAAAUUUUUUGCAGGAAAAGAAACCUGAAAUACAGAAUAAUUCGUAGAAAUCAUGGUUCUCAAGUAUUUGUUCGAUUAGCUUUGGGGAAGAAAUGCCAAAUCUACUUUGAGGAUCAGUCUUACGACACAGAUCCACCCACAUGUUGCUCUUAUCUGGAAUUUGGGACAAAGCAAUGCACAGGCCCUCAUUCCUGACGUGGCGCCCUCCAGACAUGGCUGCCUAGGAAGGACAGCCACUUUAGAAGUGGGACGUAUCACCAGUAAGCUUGAAUGAUUAGGAUCGCAGGUGGCUACUGCAUUCUGCCGUUCGUGACCGUGUUCUAGCCUGUAACCACCCAACUACCUUCAUUCACCAGUUUUUAUCCUUCACCUUUUCCAGUAUUGUGUUAACCACUAGUUCUUGAGUUUUUUGGCUAUGAUCUGUACAUUUAUUUAUGUCAUUCAUAGACUUUCAACUAGAAAAGGUAAUGAUAAGGUUUUCUGAAGACCAUUUAUAAAUUGUCCAUUUAACCAUUUUUCAGCUUGCUUUGAAACAAAAGUCACACCUACUAUUUUUCUAUGAAUUAGGGAAUGAGGGGGAGAUCAUUCAGUUUUACUUUUCUUUUUGUUGAAAUUUUGUACCCAGAUUGCAGUUGGCACUUUUCCUAAAACAGAAUUGUUUCUCACUUAGGUGUCAAAAUGUACAUUUGAACUUCCCUAAGAAGCAGCAGGAUCUUUUUAACUUUUUCUGGUCUGUUUAGACUUUGAAGUCCCUUCUGUAGAAAAGUCUCAUAACUGAGAAGGCUUUGCUUUGGGCCGGGUAGGUCUGCUGGUCUCCACUCACUGUGCUGUUUCCUUUGUGUGGCACACUUGGGAAGCUCCGGGGCACGUGAAGGAGCUGCACACGUGAGAACUAAUGAACCAAGGCGGCUGCCACCAUGAAGCAACAAAACGCAGGCAUUCAACCAUGACAUCUGCAUAGUGUUAGUACCAUGUCAUGUGGUUUCAUUCUCACUACGGUAAAAUUUAUUUCUGAGCACUUAAACCGUGUUGCAUACCCCUAAUUUUUUGUUUCUGUAUCUUCCUUGCCCUCAAAUACUCUGAGGUGAUAAACCGUUCCAUUUGUAGCCAACUACCACUGCUAGGCUUCAAUGUAAAUUCAGUUGAAAUUUGCAAUUCUAUCAGCAAUUUAAUGUAUUGAAUUCAGAUCAUCAUUUGUCAUUUUAACCGACAACCACCUAAUAAAUUUACUCUGCAGUUCUGAACUCAGCAUUGUACCCAUUUUUUAUUGCAAGAUGGACCCUGUAUGUCAGGAGACAUGUAUUAUCAACAAUUGGGAAUUUUUUGAAUUUCCUUUUAGGUAAUAUUGAUUCACUGUAAUUUUCUAAGUGAUCAAAACCCAUGAGAUUUUGUUAUUUGGCUUGGCUUUCAUUCUCUGCCUGCCAAUUAAAGAAUAUUCUAUUCCUAACACAUAAAACAUUUUACAGUCGAGCAGUGCAAAUUACAGUGCUUUUCUAUUUUUUUUGAGAGCCUUGAAUAAAUUGAAGAAAACUUUAAACCAAAAUUAGAGAGGAGUCACUUAAACUUUUCUGAAUGGAAAAUAUUAAUAUUUUCAUUUUUCUAGUAUAAUAAAAUGAAUUUUUUUUAAAAAGCUACUAAGUACCCAUCAUCAACUUUUUCCAUAUUGUGAAAUGAACCAGGAUCUUAACAGGUACUAUCACCUCUGUCCUUUUUUGGCUGUUUGAUAUCUAGUUCAUGUAACAAAUUUACAAGACAUAAGUCUCAUGGUUUUUUUUUUCUUUUAAUAGGCUUUUCUGCAACUUUUUUGAAAUUGAGUUAUUACUUGGAUUUAACCCUGAUAGGCCAGCUAUGGUGGCUCACACCGUAAUCCCAGCACUUUGGGAGGCCGAGGUGGGUGGAUCCACCUGAGGUCAGGAGUUCAAGACCAGCCUGACCAACACGGUGAAAUCCCGUCUCUACUUAAGAAAUAUAAAAUUAGCCUGGCAUGGUGGCACAUGCCUGUAAUCCCAGCUACUUGGGAGGCUGAGGCAGGAGAAUUGCCUGAACCCGGGAGACGGAGGUUGCGGUGAGCCGAGAUCACGCCCUUGCACUCCAGCCUGGGCAACAAGAACGAAACUCCAUCUCAAAAAAAAAGAUUUAACCCUGAUAGUGUAGUAGUCAUGUUUUCUUUAGAAAUCAUAACCUCUUCAUGGGAAUCAAACUAUGUAGAAAAUUGUGAGGCAAGAUAAUGGUGCUUUGUGUUGGGAAAAAAACAUUUGUGAAGGAUUAGAAAACUGUCACACUUAACAAAGAUAGUCACAGAACCUACACUGCAUUGGCUCUUAGGUUCUAGAUUUUUGUAGCACAUGCACCUGAUGAAACCAAAGAUAAAGCCAUGUAAAAAGGGUACUAGUUAGCGUCUCUGAGGUUUAAGGUACUAAGAGGCAGAAAUGGAUAGGAACAGUUCCAUUGCCUUCCAGAACUAAAACUCAGCUGGAAAGCAAAUUAGUCUGUUCACAUUCUGCUUCUUCAAAAUGUUAUACUCAAAAACAUACCAGUAAUUAAGAGCCAAAAAAAGCUUCAAGGAACUUUUAAGUUCAACAUAAAGGUUUAAAUAAAAUAUUUUUUAUUUUUUAUUUUUAUUUAUUUAUUUAUUUUGAGACAGAGUCUCACUCUGUUGCCCAGGCUGGAGUGCGGCCGCGUGAUCUCGGCUCCCUGCAAGCUCCGCCUCCCAGGUUCACCCCAUUCUCCUGCCUCAGCCUCCCAAGUAGCUGGGACUACAGGCACCCGCUCCCAUGCCUGGCUAAUUUUUUGUAUUUUUUUUUUUUUUUUUUAGUAGAGACGGGGUUUCACCAUGUUAGCCAGGAUGGUCUCGAUCUCUUGACCUAGUGAUCUGCCUUCCUCGGCCUCCCAAAGUGCUGGGAUUACAGGCGUGAGCCACCGCGCCUGGCCUUAAAUAAAAUAUUGUAGUUAUUUAUGGUGUGUUUGAAUUGAAGAGAUAUCAGGAGAUAGAGGUGAAGUGCAGUACUUUCAUUCUUUAAGAAUAUAGUCUUUAGCCAGGUGCAGUGGUGCGUGCCUGUAGUCUCAGCUAUUUGAGAGGCUGAGAUGAGAGGAUCACUUGAGUUCAGGAGUUCAAGACCAGCCUGGGCAAAACAGCAAGUCCCUGGCUCAAAAAAAAAAAAAAAAGUUUCCCAUUCAUAUUAACUCCAUCUUUUAAAAAUGUCAUGAUUACGAAGUGAAAAGAUUUGGCAUUCUUAAAGGCUCAAUCACAGAGGUGAAAGUGACCUUGGAAAUCAUAUACUCUAUCCCCAUGUUACAUAGAUUAGAAAAACUGAGAUUAUCACACUGACUUAGGCAUCCCCAGCAAGGCAACCCAGGGACUAGAACUGGCAAUCCCAACUCCUGGGCUAGGGCUUUCUCUACCUUUUUUUGCAUUGGCCUCUUAAAGAGGCAAUGAAUGCUAAUUCCUGGCAUCAGAAAAAAAAAAAAAAACAAACAAGGCAUGACGUGGGAGGAUUCUUUUUUCCCUGAUGGGAAACAGUGAAUAAGAAAAAUCUAAUCAUCGGAUGGAAGAGGUGACUUAAUAAUUUUAGUUAAUGAAUUUGAUGUCCCAUGUUUUGUGGUUUUGUUAUCAUUGAACCAUUGGGGUUGGAAUCUGCCUAAAUAAUUGUAUCUUGGUAGCCAGCAAUUAUGUUGGUAUUUUAUGUGGGCUUUCCCAGAUUUUCAUAUUAAUGAAAUGAUUAAUAGUCGUACUUAAGAGGUAACUCUGCUGAAGCAGAAUGAGAUCUAAUAUGUUGUGGAAACUUUAAGAGUUUGCAGUGGAAUGAUACUCUCACUCCAUGCUUGUAAAAUUGAGUUCUAUUAAAGAUGGAACUGCUAUGACUGACCUAUUCAAGGCUUCAUAUUUUUAUACAGACUAUUUCACAGACCAUGGAUUUAUUUUAAAAGGGAAAGUCUCACACAUAAUUAAGCAAUGGAAGAUGUACUCAAUCCUGUGGUGCAUCAGGCCCUCUGUCUACCGGGUUUCUCCCCUUUCUGCAGAGCUGUGGACCUCGUACGUACCAAACAGGUGAACUUGGUCCAUCUUUCCUUCUUCCUUUUUUUGCACAUUUGCAUUUGUAUCUUCCUGUACUAAAAGAAACAAAUUAUUUAUAAUUGGGGUGACCAUGUAAAGGAACAAAAGAUGGGGCAAUAGUUGCUUCCUAGCUGGAGCUGUAAGUCUAUGUUACAGAAACUCACUAUUUAAAAAGUUUUAAAAGAUUUAUGAACCUUAUCCUACAAUUCGCUAAAUACUUAUUUGUCUUUUAAACUCCCCUCAGUGUAUGGAUCAUCUUCGUCAGAAUGCCAUUGUUUCAUUGCGAAUCGGGAAAAUGUUAAUCAUGUGGAGACUGUUUUCUUAUUACCAAAUGUACAAUCCAUAAGACAACUGAAAGCAACAACUACUGGGUUCACUGACAAAGAUUAUAAAAAUCAUCACGUUCAAAGUAGAGUUUUUAGCCAAGGUCAAGAACUAACCUGGGGCUGAGUCAGCGUCUCUACCCACUUAAAUAACAGUGUAAAGAUCUUUCACUAAAUUUGUUAUGUGGUCUGUCUGGAUGUAAACCUAUAUAUUUCCUUUUGAAACAGAAUCAUAUCCUGCAGACUCUUGGCACUCCUGCAUAGCUUUGACCGAAUGUUCACUCUCAUUGUAAUGGAAGAUUUCUAUCUAUGCAGAUAAUAUAUGUUUUUAAAUAUUGUUUUCUGUUUAGUCCCCAAUCUUUCUAACUCAAAUUGGGGACUGAGGAGAGAGAAAGGUGGUUACCCUUGUUAUCGUGCCAUAUUCUUCCUGCUGCUUUUCAACCCCACGUGAGUGUUGAUUGACGGUUCUGCUAUAAUGUGCGUGCCCUUCAAGUUUCAGAAAACUUUCCCAAUCAUUUCACUUCAAUCUUAAUUGAACCCAAGAGUCAAAGUUAUUAUUUUCUCCGAACGUGUUUGUGAUCUUCUGUUAUAUUUUGGGGCAUGUUACUUUUAUGGUACUAUAAGCUGUAGUGCAUACUCUUUGUAUUGCAAAAAACUAGUCAGUAAUUUAUGUACAUGUAUUCCACAUUUUAGUGUGCUUGAAGUGACAAUCCAUAGUUUGUAGUAGUUUGUUAUUUGUCAACUUUAACUACCCUGUGUUUUAAGGACAUUUAAACAUUCCUUGUCCUAUCAAGGUGACAAAAGCAGAAUGUAAUUUUUUUUGGAAGCUUUGUGAUUACCUGUAACAAGUUCUGUUUUUAAAAUGAAUACAAAUAAAGUUAGUAACUAUUUUUAAAUCA